AUGAAACAUAGUGAAUCUGAUGUACAGAUAAUACGUUCUGGUACACGUAUACGUGAAAGUAUACGUUGUUUACCAAAAGGACAUUUUCAACAAAUUCGACAAAUGUUUGAUAAACAAACAUAUUCAACAAAAAAUUUAUCUACAAUUCAUGAACGACAACAAAAAACAAAAUCAUCAUUAUCAUCACAUGUUUUACUUAAAUUACCUGUUACUGAUGAUGAAAAAUUACAACUUAGAACAACAAAUAUUGAUAAUCUUACAUUAGAAAAUGUUAAAUCAAUUGAUGAACAAAUGUUAAAAUUAAAUUCAUCAAUAUCAAAUGAAAAUCAAUUUCAGACAGACACACUUUCAUAUACACCAUCAUUAUCUCAACAAUUCAUAUCUUCUAUCGAACGUAAAAACUCUAUAUUAACAUUUGAUCAACAUCGUCAAUUAAUUAUGGCUUCAGCUAUAAAUUAUGCUGAUAGUUAUGAAAAUUCAUUAACAUCAACUCAUUUAAAUCGUCUAGGUAGUACACGUCAAUAUGUAUCUAAUAUACAACGUACAUUAGCUGUAAAUGCUAAACCUGUUCUUGUUAAAACUACAUGUAAUGUAUUAAAACAUAAUUCACCAAUAACAUAUGAUAAUAAUAAUAAUGAAUUAUUUCAAUCAACAAGAAGUCUUCAUUCAUCAACAUCACGUUCAUCAACUGGUUAUGAUUCAAAUUCAUCACCAUCAAUUAUAUCAAAACGAAAUUCUCUAAUAACAGAUCGUAGUAAUGAUCAUUCAUUAUCAAAUGAUGAACAUCAAUCAAUAAAACCUUGGAUAUUAUGUGAAUCUGGUAUAGAUACACCAGUAACUAUAGCAAAUUCAUAUUCAAGUGAUGAAAUUUUUGAUAAUACUUCAUUAAUUAGUCAUUCAAAUAUUAAAUUAAAUCAAUCGCCGUCAUCAACUCUUGAACAUCGUCCAAUAUCAAUUAUUCGUCAUGCAGCAAUUCGUAAUUCAUCUAGACUUGAUUCACCAUCAAUAUCAUCAGCAUCAUCAUCAUCAUCGACUAAAUAUAUUGUUCAAACAACAUCAUUUCCUGUUAGUACAAUAAAUGAUAUAAAUAAAAAUUCUUCAAUUGAUUUUCAUGAAACAUUUUCUUUACGACGAAAACAUAAAUUAAAUUCAACUGGUUUUCAAAUUCAACAACGAUUAUCUAUAAAUAGUCCUAUUGUUGUACAAAAAUUAACUAAUGAACGAGAAGAAAGUCCAUUACCAAUAGUUGAAAAUCCAUUAUUUCAACAAUUACCACCAAGAAAACCACCACGAACAUUUGAACAUGAAAAUCGAUUGAAUUAUAUAUCAAAAACUAUUGAUCAAAACGUACCUUCAUCAUCUUCAUCAACAAGUGAUUCACCUACAUUUGAUCUCGGUGCUCGUUCGAUUAGUUGUAUGGAUUUGACUGCAGGUGUUUCUAGUGCUCUAUUAUCAAGUGGUCUUUUACCAUUAGAUAAAGAUCAUACAGAUAUGGAAUGUAAAUCAAAUAUAUUAUUUGAUAAUACAAAAACAAUUCUACCAAAUGAAAAUAUAUAUGAAGAAUUAAAAACACCUUUAGCAACAUUAGAUAAAAAUGAUGCUCAACAAUUUUUAUUUAAUACUAAUACUAAUAAUACUAAUAAUAAAAGAUUAUCAAAUGAUAUAAUAUUUCAUUCAUCAACAACAAAAACAAAAGUAAAUCAUUUAUUAAUACAUGAAAAAUCUGCAAUGAAAAAAGGUAUUAGUGAACCAAAUCUUGCUAAAACAAAAUCAUCAUCUUCAACAUUUUUUUCACCACGUUCUCUUAUCGAUCGUUUUAAACGUAUACUUCCAUUAUCUUUAUCAAAACAAUCAUUAAAUGAUACUAAUACUAUGACAAUAGAUAGUGAUGAUUCAAUUAGUAUAUCAUCAGAGAAUAAUGAUGAUAUUCGAACAUCAAGACUUAAUCAUGUUAAUCGAGU